AUGGCCCCGCAGGCCCACCUCGCUAUUUACAGAGUCUGUAUUUCCAGGUUUUGUAGGGAGAGCAACAUCAUGGUCGGACUCGACGCCGCCAUCAAGGACGGCGUGGAUAUCCUUUCUAUAUCGUUGGGCUCUUCCAGCGGCGGCAGCCCAUUUUACGACGACGCCAUCGCAGUUGGCACAUUUGCAGCGGACGCGAAGGGGAUUCUCGUGAGCUUCGCGGCAGGGAACUCGGAGCCUUUGGCCUCGACGAUGGACAAUGACGCGCCGUGGUCUCUUACGGUUGGGGCAAGCAAGAUUGACCGGAGGUUUCCAGCCACGGCUAAGCUGGGAAACGGGGUGGAGUUAGACGAAGAGUCCGUGUAUCCACCGACAAACUUCUCUUCCAUGAAUCUUCUGCCGCUUGUCUACUGCCCAGGGUCGUUGGUAGGGUUUGACGUCUCGGGAAAGAUUGUUUUGCUCGACGCUGCCAAAAUGGAGUAUCAAGUCGAGGACGUGAAAAAUGCUGGUGGUGUCGCCAUGAUAUUGGUCAACACGAAAUCUGUCGAGUUUACACACGAGUCGAAUCUCAUAUCCCUCCCGUCGACGUCGGUGUCCUUUUCGACAGUUCAGAAAAUCAAGGACUAUAUAAAGUCGACAUCAUCCCCGAAGGCAACAAUCGUGUUUCAGGGGACGCAGUUCGGGGACCCGACAGCUCUUGCCAUCUCGUAUUUCUCAUCGAGGGGACCCAGCAAGCGAGUAUCCGGGGUUUUAAAGCCGGACAUUUUGGGCUGGGCGAUAACAUCAUAG